AUGGCAGUACAGGACAAGGAGUUCCUUCAAUGGCCCAGACCUAUGAAAGCUGAAGUAAACCAGCGAGAUCCUGACAAAUACUGUCAGUAUCAUCGUAUACAUGGCCAUGACACCAACAACUGCUACCAGUUGAUUGGUGAGAUCGAGAGACUGAUAAAAAGGGGACACCUCAAAAACUUUGUGAAGAAAUCGGAGGGACAAAGGCCUCAGCCCAACCUAGCGGUGCAAACACCUAGGAGAGCAAGAGCAGGACCAGUAAAUGAUGGGUCCAGUGGGACCAUCAACAUGAUUGUCGGAGGGUUAGGAGGUCGGAUGAGCCGAAGGGGAAAAAAGAGGAGUCGAGAGGGAGAAAGUAGUAGUGCCGAAGUCAUGCAGGUCGUCGAGCAUUCUCCAGUGGCCAUCACUUUCUCUCCGGAGGAUGCUCAAGGUGUUCAGAUGCCUCAUGACGAUGCCCUUGUUAUUGAAGCCAUCAUCCACAACUACUGGGUAAAAAAGAUCUUGAUGGAUGAUGGGAGUAAGGUGAAUUUGCUGCCCUACAGGGUUUUCCAGCAGAUGGGAAUCUCGGAAGAACAAUUGGUCCGAGACCAAGCACCGGUCAAAGGGAUUGGAGGAGUCUCAGUGCCCGUGGAGGGAAAAGUAAAGCUGGCUCUCACUCUAGGAGAAGCGCCAAGGACUCGCACUCAUUUCGCGGUAUUCUUAGUGGUCAAACUCCCCCUAAGCUACAACGCGAUACUGGGAAGACCUACACUGUUUGAUUUCGAGGUUGUCACCAGCAUCAGAUACUUGGCCAUGAAAUUCCCAACAGAGGCAGGAGUGGGAGUAGUCCGGGAAAGUCAGGAAGAGGCGAGAGUAGUGUACCUAGCCACAGUGUCAGAGCCAAGCUCGGCAGGAGAGAAGCUCGACUCAGAGGUGCUAGAGGUUAGGGACGAGAAGAAAGAGGCUAGAACAGAGCCGGUCGGAGAGUUGGAGACUUUUUCCUUAUCAGAAGCAGAGACAAAUAAGGUCUUCAGUCUUAACACCGGCCUCACUAAAGAGCAGAAAACGGAGGUCAUGACCCUGACCCGAGGUCACGCAUCAAGCUUCGCCUAG